AUGAGCAUGGAUGGUAAACCAAAGCUCCGGUCAUUCAGUAUAUUUCCGGACAGAAAAGUAAAUUUUUCCUUUGACAAUCCCGCUAUUAAUGGCGAUCCUGAUAUGGUUGAAAAUGAUUCCAGUCAGCCCACAGCACAUGGACUUGCAGAUAGUCAUUUCACACAUGGAUCUGCAUACAGCCGAAAAUAUUCUGUUUCACUCAAAACUAUGAAACCUUUUCGUCCAUCAUCUAAAGAUGGAAAAAUUCCAGUAAACAAAGUUGGUUUAUUCUCCUACAUCACGUUAUCAUGGAUAUCCUCCAUGGUUAUGAAGAUUUACAAAAACAGAGACCAGGCUCUGAGGGAAGAGGAUGUAUGGGAGAUAUCAGACUGGGAGUCAUGUGACGUCAAUACAGUCAGAUUAGAAAAAAUAUGGGAAAAUGAAGUAGCGACACAUGGUGAAAAAGGAUCCUCAUUCUUAAGAGCUUGGUUCAAGUUCAUCCAGACACGGCUCUAUAUAAAAAUAUUGCUUGUCUGCGUCAAUGCUGUGCUCUCAUUUUUCAUGAGCGGAUACAUUACUAAUCUCGUAGUCAGCUACCUAGAGUCCGAAACCUCGGAUCUGGGCUACGCUCUGGCACUUGUUGCAGGAAAUACCAUCGGUCAAAUUCUGAGAGCCGUAUCAUUUACCUGUAUAAUUUUCUUCGGAGUCCAGACAGGCACGAGGUUCCGAGCCGGUAUGUUAGGUGUUGUCUACAAAAAGAUUCUGAGGCUGAAGAAUGUUAAAGGCAAGGUAGCAUCUGAGAUCGUUACAAUAUUUGGAGCCGACUCAAUGAGGGUGUUUAUCAACUGUAUAUCGUUUGUAUAUCUAUUGGCUCUCCCAGUUUAUGUUAUUAUUGGAACGGCAUAUACCUACUAUCUUAUUGGUUACUGGUGCUUCAUCGCUCUCACAACGUUUCUAAUCUGCUAUCAACUACAGGCACAUCUCUCUACCUUUGUCGCUUCACUCAGACGCAAAACAUUAAUUCACACAGACAAAAGAAUUAGGAAAAUGACAGAGGUACUUAAUAGCAUGAAGAUGAUCAAGAUGUAUGGAUGGGAAGAUUCGUUCCUGUCAGCAAUUACGGCCAUCAGGAAAAGUGAGCUUCGUGUUCUGCUAACCGCUGCCAUCGUCAAUGCCAUCACCAAUGCCAUUAUACCAGUCACGCCCUCUAUCGCGGCAGUCGCUUCCAUAGCAACCUAUCGAGCAUUCGGAAACGAACUGACAGCGUCCACGGCAUUUGCUCUAGUGACCACACUGGAUUUCCUACGGGCUAUUGUGUCCUAUGUGCCGUUUGCUACGCGUACAUUUGGCGAGUCGAGAGUCACAUUUGAACGUGUUAAGAAGUUGAUGUUAAGAGAGGAAUUCCAGAUUCCAAGCUCCGAAGUAUUAGACGAUUCUAACGCUAUUGAGAUACAAGAUGCUGUUUUUCAAUGGAACUUGAUGACCGAAUCACCGGAUGACAAGUCGAAGAAAAAACAUGAACGAAAAACGAAAAAGAAGAAAAAAGAAAAUAAAGAAUCAAAUCGACCACCAAGUAGUUCCUAUAUGCAACUGGACAGUAUCAAUCUUAAUGUGAAAAAGGGACAACUUGUCGGAAUAUGUGGAUCUGUCGGCUGUGGGAAAUCUUCCCUGAUAUCGGCUGUACUUGGACGAAUGCCACAGUUGAUCGGACAUCUUGCAGUAAGUGGAAAUGUAGCUUAUGCUGCACAGCAGGCAUGGAUAUUCAACGGUACACUUCGGGAAAACAUACUAUUUGGACUGCCCUACGACCCUGACUGGUACAACAAAGUGAUAUAUGCCUGUGGUCUUGAGCCUGACUUGGAUUUGUUGGCCAACGGGGAUGAAACAGAGAUUGGUGAAAGAGGGAUUAACAUUAGCGGUGGACAGAAGCAAAGAGUGAGUCUUGCACGUGCAGUCUACAGUAAAAGCGACAUCUAUCUCCUUGAUGACCCGCUCUCGGCCGUGGACGUACACGUUGGCCGGCAUUUGUUCCAUAGAUGUAUCAAUACACUGUUACAAGGAAAGACUGUUAUACUGGUCACUCAUCAAUUACAGUACCUGAAGCACUGUGAUGAAAUACUAGUCAUGGAAGAAGGUCGAAUCGUUGAGAAUGGAUCACACGAGUCUUUGCUGGAGUUUGGUGGUUACUAUAGUUCAAUGAUGGGCCAGUUCCAUGCCACGAGCGCGUUCACAGCAACCACAGUGAAAGACGAAUCGAGAAGUGAUGAUGACCAGGGUUCUUCUGAGAAGCGAGGAGAAAGUAAAGAACAACCGAAGAAAGACGAAAAUGAUGAUUCCGUUUCUAAGGAAAAUAAAGGAAGACUAACCCAGAAAGAAGACGCCGGAUUCGGUAUGGUAACGUUUGGGACGUACAAGUCGUAUAUCAAUGCUGCCGGUGGGUUCACAGUAGCCGCGGCUAUUCUUCUGCUGUAUAUUCUCUCCUUGGGUGCAGUUGUAUUCGGGGACUGGUGGCUUGGCAUUUGGCUAGGGCAAACGGUAAAAUAUACAGAUUCAUCAGAAGCCACACCUACAGCAAAUAUGUUGCCCAAUGCUUCCAUGUCUAUAAAUAUGACAGCCACCUCUCUUUUCCAAAACAGUACAGAACCUACGAAUUUCCAGACCGGUGGCAUGGACUUUUACCUCAGCAUCUACUUGGCAUCCUUAGGGGCCAUAAUACUCUUGGCGUCUUUAAAAGGAGUCAUAGCAUCGACGGUGAUGGUAAAAGCUUCCGGCAAACUUCACAACCGAGCAUUACACAAUAUCAUGAAAGCACCAAUGGCGUUUUUCGACGCAAAUCCACCCGGUCGUAUUCUCAAUAGGUUCUCGCGAGAUAUGGAUGAAGGUGAUGUGUUUUUACCGAAUGUUAUGGACAUUCUACUUUAUGUCUUGGUUGCGGUUUUGUUGUCAUUGGGAGCUGCCGCAGUAAACCUUCCUUGGAUUGCGAUUGCUUUCGUACCUGUUGGACUGAUUUUUUACGGAUUUAAAAAGAUUUCUGCUGAAUCAGUUAGACAGCUCAAACGAUUUGAAAACGUCGCUCGCUCACCCCUCAUUAACCACGUAACCACUUCAGGAGCUGGUUUGUCCACCAUUGUCACCUAUAACCAACAGAGGCAGUUCAUCAUCAAUUGUAUGAAAUAUACGGAUGUGACCUCAACGGCAUUGAUGUUGUUCGAAGGGAGCUUUCGCUGGAUUGAGUUAAGGCUCGAUAUCGUCUCGUCUCUCCUGAUUGUGGCAGCUACUCUAGUCAUGGUUCUAACAAAAGGAUCAAUCGCCCCAGCUUUAGCCGCCCUGUCGCUAUCACUGACAAUCAGGGUAGUAUCUGUGAUGCAGUUCGCAAUAAGACUUAUGAACGACACUGAAGCGAGAUUUACAUCCAUCGAACGGAUACACGAGUACGAGUCGAAACUAGACACAGAAGUGGACACUACCUCUGUGGUUCCGGACGAGAGCUGGCCCCGCGAGGGGCGGAUUAUUUUCUCCGACGUAUUAAUGCGCUACCGGAAGGACAUGGACCCAGUAUUACGGAACAUACACUUCAAUAUCCAACCGAAACAGAAAGUCGGCAUUGUAGGAAGGACAGGAGCAGGUAAGUCCUCAUUGGCCGCGGCGCUGUUCCGAUUGUGUGAUCUUUCUGAGGGGCACAUCUACAUAGAUGGAGUGGAUAUAGCCCACAUUCCGCGUAAAACUCUUCGAUCUCGUCUGUCCACCAUACCUCAGGAUCCUGUCCUCUUCACCGGUACCCUCAGGUAUAAUUUGGAUCCAUUUGAUCUGUACUCAGACGAGGUGAUUUGGGCAGCCUUGGAACAGGUUCACAUGAAAGAAAAGGUACGCCAGUUUUGUGAGCAGCUCGACUUUCAAGUUGAAGAGAACGGAGAGAAUUUCUCUGUAGGUGAACGACAACUUAUUUGUUUGGGUAGAGCCAUACUUCGUCAGAAUAAGAUUCUAGUCUUGGACGAAGCCACAGCGUCCAUUGACACCUCCACAGACGCUAUGAUUCAGCAAACGAUCCGCGACAGUUUCUCCGACUGCACCGUCCUGACGAUAGCACACAGACUCAACACCGUGCUACACUGUGACGUCAUUCUAAUCAUGGAAGCUGGAGAGAUUUUAGAAACUGGACACCCACAGAACUUAUUGGCUAAUCCUCUCUCAGUUUUCAACAAGAUGAUCAGAGCUCAAACUGUGAAAACGCCAUCACCAUGA